CGUUUCCUUGCUGUAGCACUGGUGUGUUAUUUUCCAGCAGAGCAAAGAUGAGGCCUCUUGCUAUUUUAGCUUUUUUAAUAUGUUUUUACAGCGUAAUAGAGAGCAGUGACUGCACACAGAACAGCACAGAACAUGACCAAGUUCUGUCCAUCAGAGCUACAACUGAAGAACAGGUGAACGUUCUGAAGAAUAUAACCAGAGAUAACCAGACAGUGCUGUGGCAACCAGCUUCUCCCAGUCACAUCACAACAAGAACAGACGUCCACCUGUACGUACAUUCAGGCAGCGUGCAUCAUGUCACCCACCAGCUUGAUGCACAUAAAAUCACCUACAGUGUUUUGCUGGAAAACGCACAGCACCUGAUAGAGAAGCAAACCAAAAACGAAACAACAGACCCUCGAAGUGGAGGAAUGAACAAGGACAGAUAUCUCUCUUUAGAAGAUAUUUAUUAUUGGAUAAAUAAAACAAGCCAAGAAUAUCCAGACAUGGCGGAAAUGAUGUUAAUUGGGUCAUCAUUCGAGAAACGUCCAAUUUAUGUUUUGAAGUUGUCAGGAAAGCGUCCAGCAGUAGAUAAAGCCAUGUGGAUGGAUUGUGGAAUUCAUGCCAGAGAAUGGAUCUCACCUGCAUUUUGCCUCUACUUUAUCAAAUAUGCUCUCACAUAUUACAACCAAUAUAGUGACGUCACAAAGAUGCUGAACAAGAUGGAUAUUUAUGUCUUGCCCGUCUUAAAUCCGGAUGGUUAUAAGUAUACAUGGACCACAAACCGCAUGUGGAGGAAGAACCGGUCUGUAAAAGAGGGAAGCGACUGUGUUGGAGUCGACCUGAACAGAAACUUUGAUGCCAAGUGGUGCACGGAGGGGGCCUCCAGUUUUCCCUGUUCUGAAAUAUACUGCGGUUCAUACCCGGAAUCAGAGCCAGAGGUGGAGGCUGUGGCCAAAUUCCUCCGCUCCAAAAAAGAAGUGGUCAAACUCUACCUUUCCAUCCACUCCUACUCUCAGAUGCUGCUGUUCCCUUACUCCUACACCUAUGAGCUGGCUCGCAACCACGCAGAGCUGCUUGAUCUUGCACAGGAUGCAGCAACGAAAAUACGACGAUUUUAUGGAAACGUUUAUCAGUAUGGCGCUGGAGCAAAAACUAUAUAUUUAGCUCCUGGAGGUUCAGAUGACUGGGCCUACAAUCAGGGGAUUCCGUACUCGUUUACCUUCGAGCUUCAAGACCGUGGAAAGUAUGGCUUCCUCCUUCCACCAGAGCUGAUCUCCAGUGCCUGCAACGAAGCUCUUCUGGCUGUGAAGACCAUUACUCUGCGUGUUCUACAGAAAAUUCCAUGAGUUUUUGCUUUGCGGAGAAACAGCUCGAUGUACUUCAGUGUGUGUAAUUUGGGCAUUCAGGCCAGUGUGAUUUUUAACUUCAACAGGCCUCAAGUUGGCUGUAAUGAAUGUGAGACCUUUUCUAUCAAUCUCUGAACUGUAAAGCCAAAAAGUAUAAUAAUGCUAAUAAAAAUACAGGCUUGCA